AUGACUGAGGUGGCAGAACACAUGUCUUGUAUCUACAAGGAUUCCACUGCAAUGCAUCAAUUAAGGAGAAAUUUCUGGAUCAUCUUAGCUGUGACCAUCAUCAUUGUCUCCUUGGUCCUAGGCUUCGUCCUGUACUACCUCUGUAGGUGGUUGAUUAGAAAAGAUAAGAAGUUAGAAAUUACCAAUAACUUGAAACAAAACCAAAGAGAUGAAGAAAAAAUGUAUGAGAAUGUUCAUAGUCAACUGUCAGUCCAAUUGCCACCAUUGCCACCUAGGCGUUUACUUUCUCCUGAAGAUGCAUCCCCACAGGAAGCCAUGAAUCAACUGCCAGCUACAUACUCAUCUCUAAAUAAAGUUAGAAAGAAGAAGAAAGUUUCCAUACCCAGCUAUUUUGAGCCUGAAGAUGAUUAUGAUGAUGUUGAAAUAUCUACAAACAUGGCAAACAAUCAUUCUGAAACAACCAUUUCUUCUUUUUCGCAAAUUGGAAAGGGUUCACACAACUUAUUUUAAAACAAUCAAGGGUUGAAUCUUAGCAGGUAUUCAUGUUCUGAAAUUUAUAAAACUCUGUUGAAAUAAGCUCUUCCUGAACUUUAGAUGAA